AUGAAUGGCCCUGCGAGCGAUAACGAGGAGCUGGAGACACGAAUCCUAGAAGCCUCUCAGAGAUCUUCAAAGCUUGAAGAAAUUGACCUGGAACAUCAAAAAGUGUUGCAAAACCAGCAACUUUUGUACGCCAAAGACUUGUUUUCCAAUAAGGCACAUACUCCUGUACAUGUUUCCAGCGUUGUUGUCAAUAAUGCAGAAUGUGUAAGGCCCUCUGUCCUCCAGAACUACCUAGAUCAAACCAUAACUCGCGCAACAACGUUCGAGCACCUUUGUGAGCUGUCGGAUAUUUUGAACAUGAAACUCAUUUCUAAUGGCCUAGUAGAGAAUUGCACUCAGACUUUAGACAGCCGCGGUGUACUACACUAUGAGCUACAGGAUUCUGAUCCGAAACCCAGCUAUGCGACGCCCCAUAGCACUGGGCAUACAGUGUCCGUUGUUGACAUCGUGCCCAUCGUCAAUCUUCAACCGCUCAAAAAAAUCUCAGCCAAGACAGGAACAAACAUUGGAAAUGGUGAGGGAGAUGGGUACCUCCAGCUCCAGUGGCGAAAUGCUUUGGGCGGAGGAGAGAAGUUCACUUUUGAUGCUACAAAGGGCACUAAGACUCAUUCUUCGUACCUUUUCGAUUACUCUCAGCCUUUAUCCCCCUGGUGGCUGUGGGAUUGCUCUGUUUACAAAAACUCUAGGAGCUUGGGAAACAUGGAACUUCUAAUGAGAGGAACCCGUGCAUCGGUGAGGUCAGCAUUCGAGAAACAUAAACACCUUAACUACGAGCUUGGUGUGGAGAGCCUAUGGCGUAGCACCCAAGCCACUUCUACACACAGCUCUGACUCGCUGCUGUUGCUAGCUGGCGAUGAAGUCAAGAAUUCUCUGUCGCAUUCAGUUUUUUGGGAUACUCGAGAUAGGCCGAUUUUCCCUCUAGCAGGUAGCUUCUACAAACUCACUAACGAACUAAGCCCCAGCAAGUAUUGGAAAUGUUUUUUUGAAGCAUCUAAGGUCAAAAGUUGGCGCAAGAAUGAUUUUUUUACAGCAAGCUUCACAUUGAAAGGAGGGUACAUUAACAACUUCUCGGCGUCAAAGCCGCUCCAUAUCAGCGACAAGUUUCACAAUGGCGGAAGCAAUGAUGUUCGUAGCUUCCAAUUGAUGGGACUUGGUCCUAAGGACCUCCACGAUUCUUUGGGUGGUGACGCUUUUGUAUCUUACGGAGUGAGUCUCUUUAGCCGGCUUCCUUUUAAGCGUUGGUCAGACUCCAAUUUUAGACUUCAUGCAUUCUUCAACGGCGCAAGACUGAUCAACACAAACGGAGACCAACUGAAAAACUGCAUCUCAAGCCUAGCACGCGAGCACUCCACCUCGACCGGGAUUGGCUUAGUCCUCGGGCACCCUGUCGCAAGAUUCGAGCUGAAUUUUGGUAUUCCUCUCACCGCACACACCAGCGACUCCGCGCGGAAAGGUUUUCAGUACGGAAUCGGGCUAUCGUUUCUGUGA